CCCCGCGGAGCCAGCCCCCGCCCGGCACGUCCCGGCUAGGCACGGCUCGGCUCGGCUCGGCCAUGCCGCGGUUCAGCGUGGCGGAGGCGAAGCGGUGCGGAGAGCAGUUCGUGCAGUUCCUGCGGGACACGGGCCGGGAGCAGGAGAGCCGCCGGGACUCGCUGCGCACCAUCUACGGCGGCGAGUUCCGCGCCAGGACUGACACAAAGAUGCCCAGUUUCUCUUGCAUCUUGUAUGCCCUGAGGGUGACCCACCAGGCUCAGGUGCACGGGGAGUCUGUGCACUUCAAGAAGGGGAAGAAGCGAGUGGUGGUGGCAGACCAGUACCGCAGACCCAGAACGAAUGUAGAGACAUCUGCACCCGCUGCCUCAGGCCAGCAGCCCAGCUCCGGUCCGCAAGUGCCACUGAGCCGUGCCAAGAAGUGGGCCGAGUUCAUCCGUGGGAAGCACGGGGUAGAGAUCGUCUCAGAACAUGACCGGGCCAACGGGCAAAUCCGCUUCGAUGUGACACUUGGCCAGCCCCGGACGGUCACCGUCCAGGUGAAGAACCAGGGCGCGGAGGCCGUGACGCUGCGUCGCUGCCAGUCUCUCCGCCGCGUGCGGGAGUUCUCCUUCCUGGACGAGCAAGGGGCGACGCAGGGCCAGCCCCUGCUGCUGCACCCAGGCGGCACGUACCCCAUCCAGGUGCGGUGCCUGACCAGGUACAAUGGGUUCUUCCGUGCCGUGGUGGUGUUCGAGUUCACCAAGGAGCCGGGCGAGUCCUUCAGUAUCGGGCGCUCCAUUGCUGCCAUCGCUCAGAGCCAGCUGGCCAAGGAGCUGGGGCCCUCGUCAUCCUUCGAGCCUUACCAGGCCAACCUCCAGCGCCCCGUCACGGUCAUCACUGAGGAGGGUGUGCCCCCCAGCAGCUCCCUGAAAAACGAGCUGGAGAAAGAAAUCCCACUGAGCACCUACCCGUACCCAAAGAGCCUCAAGGAGACAAUCAAGCUCGGACCCAAGACCGACCCUACCUCCAGCUGGGUUAAGAUGCAGUCACUGCUGGAGGCACCGCUGCAGGCUGAGAACUACCAGCAGAAGUUCCAGCUGCUGCUGCACCUGGAGGAAAUCCAGAUGGAGGUGGACAUCCGCCGCUACGACAUGCAGGAGGUGACCAUGGUGCAGGACAGGACGCUGCUGGUCCUUGACGUGCCUGGCGUGGCUGAGAACCGCCCGUCCGUGCUGAGGGGCGACCACCUCUUUGUCAGCCUGAGCAGCGAGCGGGACAGCUCCCCGCUCAUCCAGUACAAGGGCUACGUGCACGACGUGGAGCUGGAGAAGGUCAGGCUGGGCUUCUCCUCCAAGCUAAUGAAGAAGUUUGUGAACCAGCUGAAGUUCGACGUGACCUUCACCUUCAGCCGCCUGCCGCUGCAGGUCCAGCACCGGGCUGCAGCCCUGUCCAUGCAGCAGGGCUUGGCCAGCCUCCUCUUCCCCUCUGCCUCCUGCAACAGGUCUCUCUUCACAGGCACCUACCAACCCCGCUGGUUCGACUGCAAGCUGCAGGCAAACGAGGAGCAGUGCAGAGCCGUGACGCACAUCGUGACGGGGAUGUCCAGGCCGGCCCCAUACCUCAUCUUUGGGCCUCCUGGGACUGGCAAGACAGUCACCCUGGUGGAGGCCAUCAAGCAGGUGUGGGCGUGCUUCAAGGAUGCCCGGAUCUUGGCCUGUGCCCCUUCCAACAGCGCUGCUGACCUGCUGUGCCAGCGCCUCAUCACGGACAUCGCCCCCCGCUACAUCUACAGGAUCAUGGCCAGCUCCAGGAGCUACCGGGAGGUGCCUGCAGAAAUCAGGCCCUGCUGUAACUGGGACGACGAGCAGAACUGCUACGUGUACCCCAGCAAGGAGUUCCUGGGGCGCUACCGGAUCAUCAUCACCACACUGGUGACAGCAGGAAGGCUGGCAUCGGCCAACUUUCCCCCAGGGUAUUUCUCCCACGUCUUCAUUGACGAGUGCGGCCAUGCAGUAGAGCCAGAGAGCGUGGUCGCUAUCGCUGGCCUCCUGACUGCCAUGGACCAGGAGACCAACCCCAACGGGGGGCAGCUGGUGCUGGCAGGAGAUCCCCAGCAGCUGGGUCCCGUCCUGAGGUCGCCGCUGGCCACGCAGCACGGCUUGGGCACCUCGCUGCUGGAGAGGCUGAUGCUGCACAAUGUGCUGUACGAGAAGUCGAGCGAUGGCUACAACCCGCAGUUCGUCACCAAACUGCUCUGGAACUACAGGUCCCACGAGGCCAUCCUCAGGAUCCCCAACGAGCUCUUCUACGACAGCGAGCUGAAGGCCUGCGAGGGUGACGAGUUUGAUAUUCGCAACUUCUACUGUGCCUGGGAGCAGCUUCCAAAAAAAGGCUUCCCCAUCAUCUUCCACGGGGUCUGCGGGGAAGACCAGAGAGAAGCCAAGAGCCCUUCUUUCUUCAACACGGCUGAGAUAGAGAUCCUGGUCCAAUACCUCAAGAAGCUGCUGCAGAGCCAGGGCAAGCGGGGCUGCCCCACCAUCUCGCCCAAGGAGAUCGGCAUCAUCUCUCCCUACAGGAAGCAGGUGGAGAAAAUCCAGAAAGCCGUCACCGUCCACGACCCUGUCCUGAAGGCGCUGCCGGACAUCAGGAAGCUGAAGGUGGGCUCUGUGGAGGAGUUCCAGGGCCAGGAGCGCCGUGUCAUCCUCAUCUCCACCGUGCGCAGCUGCAGUGAGUACUUCCAACUCGACCAGACCUUCAACCUGGGCUUCCUCAAGAACCCCAAGAGACUCAACGUGGCCAUCACCAGGGCCAAGGCUCUGUUAAUAGUGGUGGGCAACCCGGCUGUCCUCAGCAAGGACCCCCACUGGCACAGGUUCCUCAGGUACUGCAAGGAGGAGGGCGGCUACACAGGUUACCCCUACGAGGAGGAGACCCCCGAGGAGGACAGCCUUGCGGCCCACCUCAACUCUCUGCACCUCAGCACUUAGCAGCCAGGAAACCCCCCUCAGCAGGAACAGCCCCGCGGAGCUCCAGCAACCCUGACCUCACCCCUGGCUGCAGCAGCCUCCUGCUCCCCCCCACCGUGUCCCCUGGCAUCCCCCGGGUACCCCCUGGCCACCCCACGCAUCCCUG